UCUCUUGAGAUCAGACUGAAGUGUCUAUUUCUGUCAGAGAUUCUCUGCGGCUCAUCUUGUCCUGGAUUUCUCAUCUGUUCUGUGUUUCUUCAUGUAUAUAUUCUUCACCUGCACUGACAUCGUCAACUCUCAUCUCGGCUUUACACCCCAAAUCUCACACGCGCUUUAGAAUGUCUGUGCGUUUCUUAUCGUUCUCUUAAAUCAUUAGAUUAUUUUCAAUAUGGAGAUGUAAAGGCAGUACAACAAAACCAGCGUAACAUUAUGUUACAUGUUUUGCCGUGCAGUGGUAAGAAUGUCACAAUGUAUAACCUCAGUCAUGUUUUCUGCUCAUUUCAUGGCGCAGUCUCUGCAGUGAUGUCACGUUCUUCAGGAUGUUUAAGGUCCAGCUGGUGAUCCUCAGCUGUGUAUUGAUUGAUGUGUAGUAAAUUCAGACAGACACGUGACUGAAGGAAAGCAGCUGAUUGGCUGAGAGCUCAUCCGCAGAUAGAGAGCAGAACUAAACCAAGAAGAUCAGUCAUGUCUGAAAUGUGUUCAGCGGUUCAGUGUUCUCGUUACGUAACCCCCCUCCCAUUACUGUCAUGUGUGUUUUUGUAUGUUAUGUCUUCAGCUCUCUUUGCUUGAAACAGGAAGUGGGGCGGGCCACAUUGAAGAUGUGAACUGUGAUCAGCGGCUGCUCCUUGGUUCAGAUAUGAUUUCAAAUUUUGAUUUGAAAUGACGACAGAACUCGAGACCAAAGCAGAGCAACAGGGGGCCAGUGCAGCUCCGCCCCUCGACAACCAGCUUCCUCCUGCGGCUGCACACAGCACACCUGUCAGAAAAGAAAAGGGUGGAGACGCUGGCGGGAGGUCUGAUCAUAAGCCGGAGGAGGACGAUCACACGUCUCACUGGUCCAGAUCUCCAGUGAAAGUGAGCAGAAGCUCCAGAAUCAUGCAGUGUAAGAUCACACUACUGGACGGGUCCGACUACACUUGUGUGGUGGAGAAGCGUGAUAAAGGUCAGGUGCUCUUUGAUAAAGUCUGUGAACAUCUCAACCUGCUGGAGAAAGAUUACUUUGGGAUCACAUACCGUGAUGUAGAAAACCAAAAGAACUGGUUGGAUCCAGCGAAGGACAUGAAGAAGCAGAUCAGAGGCGUUGCCUGGAAUUUCUCCUUCAAUGUGAAGUUUUAUCCUCCUGAGCCUGCGCUGCUGUCUGAAGACAUCACAAGAUAUUACCUGUGUUUGCAGCUGAGGGAUGACAUCAUGUCUGGACGUUUGCCCUGUUCGUUUGCCACUCACACAGUUCUGGGUUCAUACACCGUCCAAUCAGAGCUGGGCGAUCAUGAUCCAGAAGAGUACGGGACCGAUUACGUCGGCGAGUUUCAUUUCGCCCCUCAUCAGACCAAAGAGAUGGAGGAGAAGAUCAUGGACCUACAUAAGACUUACAAAGGAAUAACCCCAGCCGAAGCUGAAAUGCAUUUUCUGGAGAAUGUUAAGAAACUCUCUAUGUAUGGAGUCGACCUUCAUCAUGCAAAGUUGAUAGGACGAUUCUUUCACUGCUUCUCUCCGGCUAAAGGAGAGGAUUCAGAGGGGGUGGAGAUCAUGUUGGGCGUCUGUUCCUCCGGUCUUCUCAUCUACCGCGAUCGGCUUCGCAUCAACCGCUUCGCCUGGCCGAAGGUCCUGAAGAUCUCUUACAAACGCAACAACUUCUACAUCAAGAUCCGACCGGGCGAGUUUGAGCAGUUUGAAAGCACAAUCGGCUUUAAACUACCAAACCACAGAGCGGCUAAGAGACUGUGGAAGGUUUGCGUGGAGCAUCACACGUUCUUCAGGUUAGUUUCUCCAGAGACUCCACCCAAGAAGUUCCUUACGCUGGGGUCAAAGUUCCGUUACAGCGGCCGAACUCAAGCUCAAACCAGACGCGCCAGCUCACAGAUUGUGCGACCAGCACCCUCUUUUGAAAGGUCCUCCAGCAAACGCUACACAAUGUCUCGAAGCUUAGACGGAGAGAUGGGUACGGCGUUGUACGGCACAGCUAAAGCUCCGGCGGUGAGUGAUGUCAUUACUUCAGUGACUCCAGAGGGAAAGACAAUGGCUGUGGCAGCUACAGGACCUGAUGGAGAUCAGGACAGAGUUGUACUGGCGGACAGUGUUGCACUGCUGGAGGAAGAAGACGAAAAUACCAGAGCCACAGAGAUAUCCCAACCCAGCCCGCUCACACCUGUACACCAGGACACACGGACAGAUUUCACAGACACAGCUGUUGAUGGAGACUUAACAGCCACUGAGUCAGAUCAAGAGGACGAGUCUGAAGCAAAGACACAGGACAUCGAUCAGACACCAGACGAGCUGGUGAAACAUCAGACCAACAUCAGCGAGCUGAAGAGAAGCUUUCUGGAGGAUGGAACAGAUCGGACAGGUCUGACGGAGUGGGAGAAGCGUCUGUCCUCCUCUCCGAUCCGAUCUCCUCGUCUGGAUGAAGCUCCGAUGAUUGAACCGCUGGUUCCAGAUGAAAUCAAACAAGAAGUAGAGGAGGAGAAACAGGAAGAGGAUGUGGGGGAUUUAGCGGCACAGAUCAGGAGAGGUGAUAUGGAAUCUGACGGGUGGGUCAUUAUAAACAAACUUCCUUCUGUUGAAAAAGAAAACGCUGGAGUUAUUCCAGUUCAACCAGAGCAGAGAAUGGAAAAAGGUGACGCUUUAACAAAAGAUAAAGAAGAUGUGCCCGAGAAACUUACUGUUGUUCAAGAGAAGAUCCCUCCCCUUGGUCCAGAACAGGCUCUGAUCGUCUCUGAAGAUGUUCCUCCUAAGAAGAUUCCCCCUAAGGUACCAGAGAAGAAACACAGAUUGGCGGCCGCCGGUGACGCUCUGGAAGAGAAGAAGCUUAAAUCUGAAGAAGUGGUGUCGAGCGAGGACAACGGUAGAUCUCGUGACGCCGCAGCUGUCCGAUCUAAAGAAAUCGAUCUGAGGGUCAAACUCUCUGAUCAGCCCAUCGCUGCGACCAUUAAAGUCCUUCCUGUGACGGUGGAGUAUCAGAUCAGCGCUUCAGAUGCGGGCGCUCCGGUGAUCACCAUCCGACAGGCCGGGACACCUUCUGUCUCUGAUGCUGCGGUCACAAGCGUUCUCUCUGAUGAAGAAUCUGGAGACGUCAGGACGGGCGAGAUGAGGAUCUUCACCCGCCGGAGCUCUCCUCUCAGAUCUUCUGCAGAUCUCGGCCUGAGUCCCGGCCCCGUUCCCUUUCUCAUCAAAACCUCUCCCACAGCUCCAGUGCCUAAGCCCAGUUUUGAUGAGAUGUCUCCUGAGCUCACGGCUCUCUUGCAGUCCACUCGCAGUUGGGCGUCUCCGUCGUCGUCUGACCUCAUCACACCCUCAUCUCUGUCGUCUCAUAAGCCAUCCGAAAUCCAAGAGGGUCAUCCAGAGAAGAGCCAAUCAGAAGAAGAGACACAGCCUCAGGUAGAGCCACCUGAAUCUCCAGCGGUCCCUCCGGAGCCGGAUGUGUAUUAUCAAGCGUGUGUUGUUUGUGAAAAGGCUCUGGAUGAGUCUGAAUCAGAGUCUGAUCAUGAAACCAGUGAUUCCAGCAGUGUAAACUCAACAAACUUUGAUAGGCCCCUCCCACACACGGGUGUGACCCCUGCAGGGGGCGUGUCACCCACUGAUAGUGAGUCUGGAGGUGAGAGUUUCUCUCUGUCCACCGAUGAUGAACAUGAUGUGGGAUCAGGAGAUCAGUCGCCCAACAUGAGCCCGUGCUCUCCUCUCGGGGCAGCCGAGCAGCGGGGUGUGGCUGAGGGUCAGAGCGGGGAGGUAGAACUGACCGCCGGUUCAGAGUCGGAGCCGUCAGGUGACAGACAGGAGAUGCCCGUCAUCCGCACCGAAAUGAAAACUAUCACGUAUGAAUCUGUGCAGGGUGAAGCGGACGGAGAUGCUGACACUGGAAUUCUGAUGAGUGCUCAAACCAUCACAUCAGAAACCAGCAGCACCACCACCACCACUCACAUCACAAAGACGGUGAAGGGAGGAAUAUCAGAGACACGGAUCGAGAAGAGAAUUGUUAUCUCAGGAGAUGCUGACAUCGAUCAUGAUGAGGCUCUGGCUCAAGCUAUCAAAGAAGCUAAAGAACAACAUCCAGACAUGUCAGUGACUAAAGUGGUGGUCCAUAAAGAGACGGAGAUGACGCCAGAGGAGGGCGAGGAGUGAGGCAGGAUUAACAUCAUCUUCAUGUGUUCUGGAGAAUUCUCACGUCUUCACGCUGGGGAAAAUGAAGGAGGUUUCUGUGAAAAUGAGGAAUGGAACCACAGAAUGAAUCACACACACACACGCUUACAGACUGGAUCACUGUUACUGCAUGACACGGGGACAAAUGUGAGAGAAGAAAAAUAUAUACACGUUUCAAAUAAAUACUACAUGAGCGCAGUGUAUAGUUCAGCCACGAGCUCGCUAUAAAGAGGAAAUAUAAAACGAUAUACAACGGUAAAGAUAUCUACAUUUUAUUUAUUACAAUACUGCUCACGAUAUCAAGCCGAAUGAGUGCACAAUAUUUAACCACGCAAACAUGUGCCAUCCCCAACAUCCCAUCAGCCUUUAUCUCACGGAUAACAACAUGACAUUAUGUGACACACGCUUCAUUCUUCCACACAAGUGUUCUGUUGUUUGACUUGAAUUAUUCCUGUUUUUCCCUUGUGAAUGUUGACUUUAGAGGAAUGAGACUGCUGUGAAUGAAUCUGUGCACCGAUGGCUCAUCACAAGUUUUAGAUCAAUCCCAGAAUUCUCUCUGCCACAUCUGAGCCUUAAACUGUACAGAAACCUGAACACAAAAAUGUCUUUAUGUCUGUGUUUGUUUCAUCUGCAUUUGUAUUUCAUUUACGGCAUCAUGUCCUGCUGAAUGUCUCCUCCUCCAGCUCAAAUAAAAUCUGAUUUCGGA